AUGUCAGCAAAGCCAGCACCUGCAUCUCGACCUUCGGGAAAGGAGUCGUAUUUCAAGGACAAAGAUAAGCCGGAAGGCGUCCGUAACAGUGUUUUCAAAUAUGAUCUAUUCAGCAAUAUCAUUGCUGCUAAAGCAGUGUCUGAUGCUGUCAGAACAUCGCUUGGUCCACGUGGAAUGGAUAAGAUGAUUCAGUCGGGCAAUGGAGACGUAACCAUCACGAACGAUGGAGCUACAAUCCUCAAUCAAAUGAGUGUUAUCCACCCCACUGCUAAGAUGCUAGUCGAGCUCUCAAAAGCUCAAGAUAUCGAGGCUGGUGAUGGAACAACUACAGUUGUGGUUAUUGCUGGUGCACUUUUAGAUGCUGCUCAGUCUUUGCUUGAAAAGGGAAUUCAUCCUACCACCAUUUCUGAGUCGUUCCAAGCUGCUGCUGAGCAAGCCGUGAAGGUUUUGGAAGGGAUGAGCUCUCCUGUUGAUCUCAGCAACGAAGAACUUCUUGUCAAAAUGGCCACUACUUCGUUGAACUCGAAGGUGGUUUCGCAACAUUCAUGGCUUCUGGCACCAAUGGCUGUUAACGCUGUGAAACGCAUAAUUGACCCUGCUCGUGAUACAUCUGUGAAUUUGAAAAUGAUCAAGAUAAUCAAGAAGAUGGGGGAUACCGUAGAGGAAUCUGAGAUGAUUGAUGGAGCUCUGAUUGACCAGAAGACAAUGGGACGUGGAGGACCAACUCGCGUUGAGAAGGCCAAAAUUGGUUUAAUUCAAUUCCAGCUCAGUCCACCUAAGACAGACAUGGAGAAUCAAGUAAUCAUUUCUGAUUAUACCCAAAUGGAUCGCGCUCUCAAAGAAGAACGUCAGUAUUUACUCGAUCUGUGCAAGCAAAUUAAGAAGGCAGGCUGCAAUGUUCUCCUGAUUCAAAAAAGCAUCCUCAGGUUUGAUUUCAGUCCUUUUGACCCAUUGAGCGCAACGAGUGCCACUCUUACGGCGUUUUCCAUUUCCAGAGAUGCUGUUAAUGAACUGUCAUUGCAUUUUCUGGCUAAAAUGAAAAUAAUGGUGAUAAAGGAUAUUGAACGUGAUGAUAUCGAGUUUUAUUCAAAGAUUCUCGGGUGCCGGCCCAUCGCCUCUGUGGAUCACUUCGUGCCCGAAGCACUUGGAAGUGCUGAUCUUGUUGAGGAGAUCUCUUGUGGAGGUGACGGAAAGGUCGUCAAGGUCACUGGUGUUGCCAACCCGGGCCAGGCAUGCUCCAUUCUCUUACGUGGUUCCAACAAGCUGGUUCUUGAGGAAGCCGAACGCUCUCUUCAUGACGCUCUUUGUGUCAUUCGUUGUUUAGUUAAAAAGAGGGCACUUCUUCCAGGUGGAGGUGCUCCAGAAAUGGAAGUUGCUGUUCAGCUACGUCAACUAGCUCAGAAACAACAUGGAGCUCAGCAGUAUUGCUGGCGGGCAUUUGCUGAUGCCUUAGAAUUGGUGCCCUAUACCCUGGCGGAGAAUGCCGGUCUUUCCCCGAUUCACACUGUGACCGAGUUGCGGGCGCAGCAUGCCAACGGCAAUUCUGACUACGGUGUCAACGUCAGGAAGGGCUACGUAACCGAUAUACGAGAAGAAAAUGUUCUGCAGCCAUUGAUGGUGACCAUGUCCGCUAUACAGCUGGCAUCCGAAUGCGUUAGGUCAAUUUUGAAGAUCGAUGACAUAGUGAGUUUCCUUUUUCAAGAGUCUAUGGUAUCGAGAAUGAUAAUAUUGGGAUAUCCUUAG